AUGUCAAGGUCAGGGGGAUUUGGGGAUACUUUUGAUUUUGAUUCAACUGUUGACAUUUUAGCUGAUAUAUUGCCUCCACCUGGACCCUCACAAACUGCUUUUACUUCUCAAAAUGAUCAAGCAUCUAGUCUUUCAGCAGAACCUAACCAUACCACAUUUCCUUCAAGUUUUUCAACUCCAUUUGGCCAACCACCUACUUUUUCAUCACAAGGUCAAGGUGGUCAACCUUUUCAACCUCAAGCUGCCCAAUCUAUGCUAUACCCAGCUUUUCCACCUCAAGGUGUCCAGCAGCAGCAGCCUAUGCCACAGUUAGAAUCUCAUUAG